AUGAACCUAUGGAUGAGUUGCGUUUUCACUUUCCUUGCGCUCAGUGUGGUGAUUUUUGUGCUCUUUUAUCAAAGCCCGCUAAGCCCGUCCAGCUUCUUCCACCAGCCGCGCAACAGCUCCAGCGAAAAGUCGUCUGACAUCGCCUGUGAUUUCGGCUCGCAAAAUCUUACCUACUUCAAGUCGGGGAACACAUUGCCACAUCCUUUGGGAAGAAUCUCUUGCCAACUGUACCAGACCCAAAGCCACUAUAUCACCAGACGCCUGUCGGAAGAAGAGGCUGCCUUCCCCCUGGCCUACGUUAUGGUUAUCCACAAAGACUUCAACACCUUUGAAAGGCUCUUCAGGGCCAUUUACAUGCCCCAGAAUGUCUACUGCGUGCACGUGGAUGAAAAAGCCCCCGGGAAGUUUAAAGGGGCGGUGUGGCAGUUACUGCAGUGCUUCCCGAACGCUUUUCUGGCUUCUAAGUCUAAGAAGGUGGUCUAUGGUGGCUUCUCCCGCCUCCAGGCUGACCUGAACUGCAUGAAAGAUCUGUUGGCCUCCCCGGUCCCCUGGAAAUAUGUCCUUAACACCUGCGGGCAGGACUUCCCCCUCAAAACCAACAAGGAAAUAGUUCACCAUCUGAAAAGAUUUAAGGGGAAAAACAUCACCCCAGGGGUGCUGCCUCCAGCGCACGCAGUUGCACGGACUAAAUACGUCCACCGAGAAUAUGCGGGCAAAGACGGUAUCCGUUUGAAAAGAACAAAUACUUUGAAAAGUCCACCUCCACACCAGCUGACCAUCUACUUUGGCACGGCCUACGUGGCCCUCACCAGGGAGUUUGUCAACUUUGUCAUGACUGACAAAAGGGCCACUGAUCUCUUAGAGUGGUCUAAAGAUACCUACAGCCCUGAUGAACAUUUUUGGGUGACACUCAAUAGGAUUCCAGGAGUCCCUGGCGCCAUGCCAAAUGCAUCCUGGACAGGUAACCUCAGAGCCAUCAAGUGGAUGGAUAUGGAAAAUAAGCACGGAGGCUGCCACGGUCACUAUGUACAUGACAUUUGCAUCUAUGGAAACGGAGACUUAAAAUGGCUAAUAAAUUCAGAAAGCCUAUUUGCUAACAAAUUUGAGCUCAACACGUACCCUCUCACCGUGGAGUGCCUGGAACUGCGGCUUCGAGAGAGAACCCUCAAUCAGAGUGAAACCACCAUACAGCCUAGCUGGUAUUUUUGA